AUGGCGACUACUACCAGAGAGGAUCCUGAGAGCGGUCAUGCCCGCGAUUUAGCUGCGAUAGAAAUUGAGGGAUUCGUUUGGUGGCGCUCGUGCUGUUUAUCUGGCUCGCGAAUUGAACUAACAACUGCGCCCGAUAUAGCUUUUCUCCCCGGUAUGUCGGGGGCUGCGGCCCCGAGUGGCGACGGAGGGGGGGGCGGGCUCGCUGCCGGCUCGGAUUAUCCCGUCCCGCAUCAGUCCGUCUCGGUUUCUCUGGAUUGUUUCUCUCAAUUUGAAGGACAAAUAGCUCAAGUGCAAGGUCACACUUCUCCUCCAACAUCUAAUAAUGCCAUUUCACAUCCGCAUCCUUCCCUUGUUUCUCUCCCUGUGAUUACAAACAGCGACUCAAGUACGAUUACAUCAGCCAGUAACAUGUCGCACAAUGCCUCGGAUAACGUGCCGUACAAUAUACUACUCAAUACGUUGCCUACCGACGCAGUGUCAUCGCAGCAGCAAGGUAUUAGUCAUUCUCAGGACGCAAAUAUGAACUUUACCCCCGAAGGAGACGUUAAUGCAAUGGACAUCGUUGGACAACGCAAUAGCCUAAACAAAGGUAAAGCUAAUAAACGCGCCUUUUGCGCUCUUGAAGACAGCCAAUCAUCCGCGCCCGCAACGGGCCCUGGGACUUCCACGUCUUCCUCUGCGCCAUCUCGUUCGCCGGAUGGCAAAUCGCGGAGGGUGGAGGAGAGAUCCAACGUGUAUUCAAACCGGGACCGGCCGCCUUACGUUGUCCACAUACACGCACUUGGAAAUAACCGUUCCAACCCCCCUCAUCCGAUGCGUAUGUUCGCACAAGUGGGGAGAAUAACGCCUGCCUCAGACAUUGCCGAAAUGAAAAAAUUAGGUAUAGACUCUAGAAGCGUUCUCACCGCCAUCGCCUCAUCGGACUAUAAACAAGGCAACCACAUCAUACACCGAAUCAAACAAAGUCUUAUUACUGCAGAAUCUGAAGGAAGAAACAUCACUCUCUGCUGGAUCCCAUCGCACAAGGGGAUCCCAGGAAACGAAAGAGCGGAUCGCCUCGCCAAGCUGGCUGCAACCAAUGGCACCAGGUCUCCCUUUUUCGACAUCCCUUAUACGGACCUGCAAGUUCAAGCUAAAGCGCACCGCCAAGUGAUCUUCAAACAAUACCUUGAAGAGACAUUCCUUGCCAAAGGCAUUCAAUACUCAGAGCUGUACCUCAAUGAUUCGCCUAAGCCUUGGUUCCACAAUAAAGGUCUUAAUAGAGAGGAAAUAGUCUGCGUUUCCCGCAUCCGAAGUAAUCACUACAACCUGAAUUACAGCCUUUUUAGGAAAAAGAUUAUCGACUCCCCAGAAUGUCCAUGCGGCGAUACAAGGCAAGAUGUCAAUCAUAUUGUAUUUUACUGUCAGCUCUGCAUCCACAAGUCUGCCAAGCUCAGAGCAUUCAUAAAGAAGAAUUUCCCCACAUUCAUGAUCGACUUAUUCCCUAUGCUUAAGGACCCUUCCCCUAGAUUCUGUUUCUUGUACAUAUUGAAUUUUUUUCAUAGUAUUUCAAAUGCAUAUUUCAUUUAA